CUGUAAUUAUAUUUAUCAGAUGACACUGACACUCAUCCUCUAAAGACAUAAACCAUUGUCAUUAACUUAAUUCUAUUAGAGAUAUGAAAAUCCAUCUAGAGAAAAAUUUAGAAGAAGAACGCCAAAUAUUACUGCAGCAACAAAAAAUAUGUCGAAAUCGAGCACGUAAAUAUUUUGUGGAGUCAAACCGGAGAAAAAAAGCCUUUGAAGAGAAACGAAAAGAACAAGAAGAAAGAGAACACCAAAUCAGAGAAAAAAUACUUCAACAAAGAAAACAGAAGUUUGAAGAAGUUACUGAAAAAUUCCAACGUGCCCAUAUUCCUCUUUCACAGCGGAGGAGAGCAG